AAAUACCGAAUCAAAAUAAGCAACCAUUUCACUUUCCUAUUCGUUUUAUGAAAUCCUCAACAAGAGAACGAACAAUGUCGUGCGCACGACUGAAUGUUAAACAGCAAACAGUCUGUCGUGUUUUAUAUCGCAUAGUGAUAAUAUUAUUUAAUUUAGGUCUACGCGGUUAAUUUUCUGAAGUAAAUAGGGCUCAUGUCUUCUGUCGACGCUGUAAAAGCUACAAAUGACGAUGCAACUAUGUGCAAACGUUGGGCCGUUCAGCAGGUUACUGAAAGACGAGUACAUCAAGUAUUUCUGUCACACAUGUGAGCGUCGAGCGCCGGAGAUUAGCAGAGGCUACUAUGCCAGAGUGAUGGGAGUCAAGCACCUGCUGCAGCAGUUCAUACAGAUGACGGGCGGUGCCUGCCAAAUUAUUAGUCUUGGUGCCGGAUAUGACACGUUGUACUGGAGGCUAUGUGAUGAAAGAACCACUAUCACCCGAUUUGUUGAGGUCGACUUUUCGGACGUUACAUCGAAGAAAUGCUAUGUUAUCAAAAAACGAAAACAGCUAUUGCAGAAAAUAAAUUCAGAAGACGACGACAUUCUGCUCAGCCGGACAGAUCUACACAGUUCCAUCUAUCAUCUCGUUGCUGCCGACUUGAGGAAUCUAAAGGAGUUUGAUUCAAAGCUUGGUUCCUAUUAACUGGAUGGAAUGGUGCCGAAUCAUUGGAAAUGAUGCAGGUUUAUAAGAGGCUACCACAGGCAGAUAUACAGAGAAUUCAAAAACUCGAGUUCAUGGACGAUGUCGAGGUGAUCAGCCAAUUGUUCCAGCAUUACGCCAUUACGUGGGCAUUCAAAGAUGCAGCUAAUAUUGGUCUUCAAGGAAUUGCUGUCUAGUUAUAUUGCAUUACACGUGGCUUACUAUUUAAUGAAAUGCAUUCAAUAUUAUACAAAAGGAACCAACAUGUUAAAAAAAUGGCAUAACAAAUUCAUAUUUGGUCUGAAAGCACAUAAGUACAAAUUUAAUGACUCUAGUCAGAUUUCGAAUAGUCGUAGAGUAAAUUACAAAAAAAAUUUCCCGGCAUAUGAUGUAUAUUACAUGGUUUUACGCACUCACAUUGACAUAUAAACGUCUCCAGUCUUCCAUGCUUCCAUUGCUUUAGUCUAUCUACGUUUAACUGUGCGAUGUAAUCUGCUUAUCAUGGCUUAUUCUUGGAGAUUCCUAUAUGUAAUUAUUGUAAAUAUAUGCAUCCUAUAUACACAAAAAUUCUCCUACUUUCUA